GAAGGCGCAAUCCCUUCUUCGCGUUGUGCGAGAAAGCAGAUCUGCGACGAGCUUGAGUUGUUGCAACGAUGGCACGCAUAGAGGGCAGCUUGGGAGCCGAUGGCGUCACGGUCAAGUUUGGUCAGCCGUCGGCGGCCAUGGCCUUCAGAAGCAGCUUCUCCGGCAUGAGUGGUGAUGCGCGGGCCAAACUCACAUUCGCCAUGGGCACUCUGGAGGAGCAAUCGUCAAAUGAGGUAGGAUGGCCAGCGGACAGGAGGAAGCAACCACACGCGCAAUGGCAUGUUGCUGUUUUCAGAUACGUGUGUAUGAGGUGCCUCUCCCUGCCCCGAGUGGACGUCCGGUUCGCACGCUGCAUAGGGACCCCCCUGCGGCGGUGGCCAGCCAGCCUGAUCCUGUCACUCGCAUCGUGUGGCAGCCUGACUUUGCGGUGAGCAAGACAACAAUCAAUGGAAGUCGAUAGAUGCUUCGCAGUCGGUGCUGUGCCCGUUGUGUUCAGAGGUCAUCUGAGCGGCUGAUUGCCUCUGGUACGAAGAGACGAACAGAGAGAGAGGAUGACAACACAUUCAUUGUAGUGUUCUUUAGGUGAAGCGUUACGUCUAUACGAGUACUCGGACGGCGGGGAUGGCGCAUCGCUGCGGCCGAUACGCGUCUUUCGUCCUCCUCAACUCCACACAGCCAACACAGAGGCUAGCUCAGAGGAUUCGUUGCUCACGUCAUGUGACUGGAGGUGGGCGUGAUGAAGCGACACAACAUGUGUGGGUGGCGGGGGAAUCGUCUGCAUGUUGUGUGUGUGGUGGGUAUGCAGCUGGGGCGAGUCGUGGAAGGCGGCUGCUUGUGCAGAGGAGGGAAACGUCACCUUGUUUGACCUCAAUGUAAGCACAACACGGGCAGAUGAAACAAACAGAUACGCGAUUACCUGAGCGUCAUUCUCGUCGCAUCUCUGUCCUCCUGUGCAGCGCGGCGAGGCGGUCAGCACGUUCAUCGCCCAUCCAACGGGGGUAAUAGGUGCACCCAAUCAUCACAUCCACCAAGGUAUGUAGGUGCAGCUUGCUUGCUUGUCUUCAGAUGGACGAUGUGCGGUUCGGCAGUAGCAGUCUUCUCACUGCGGGCCGGGAUGGCCAGCUCAGGCACUUCGACCUGCGGUAACUCCAUCCGACACCCGGACAAAGACAUACAAACCGCACCGCUUACCCUCUUUUGCUCGUGUAUUUGUGCAGCACCAAGCCGACGGCGUUCUGCUGCUUGUACAGCAAUACAGGCCCCGACGCGGCCCCCAACUGUCGUGAGGGGCCCAUCCUGCGCAUAGAGACCAACCCACUUGACGAGAACUUUGUGGCGCUGAUAGAGCGGGAGGACAUGCGCGUGACGAUCGUCGAUCUGCGCAAGGUCAACAAGCCAUUCUGCGCGCGGUCAACAAGCUUCCCCACCGGCAUCGCAUGGCACCCUGCAAACAGGUGGGCGAUUCGCUCAUGUACACGGCUCAUUCGUGUGUUUGUGUGCCUGUCUGUCAGCAAGCGCUUGCUGAGCACUUACGAGCGCGGCCAGCUGAUCAUGUGGAGCAUCGAGUCCACAAAAGACGCGGAGCAGCACAGAACUAAGAGUGUCGGAGGUGGGGACUUGGUACAGACACAUACAGCAUGAGGCAUUCAUUCGAGUAGUUCUGUGUGUGCGUGUGUGGCAGGACUUGGACUCCGUGAGGAGGCCUUCGGUGUGCAGUGGAGCCGUGUGCACACGGACUGGAAGGCCCUCCAGCACAUAGAUUCUGUUGUGCUCACCAAUGCGCUGGCCGACACAGACAGAGACAUGGUGAACUAGACAAACAGAGAGUGCGUGGCUGACAGGGACGGAGGGACCGUUGUGUCUGUCUGUCUGUCUGUCUGUAUUUGUGUAUUUGUCCAUAGCUAUCAUAUGUGUGAAUCACCGUACAAGCUUAAGUGAGAAUCAACGCGUACGUACGUGUUUGUGUAUGGACGUGGAUCGCCGGCAAAGACGAUAAUUACACAUUCAC